CUUAGGAGGUGGUACUAGUGGGGUGGAAUUCCCUCAUGCAGGAGUUUGCACUAGAUGCCUUUACAAAGCUGGAUACUCUGGGAGCAGCGUGGGCUGAUGGAGUAUGAACUAGCCUGGGCGAUCUUUACGAGCUGAAAUCCUGCACAUCACAGAAGGGUUUGUUUCUCUGCGCAAAGCCUGGGAUGCUGUUAGGAACCUGCUUACAGACACGUGAACAGAGCCCCCAGACCCAAGAGCACCAGCCUGCUCCAUGAACUCGCCAUGAAAGUAUUUUGUAUUUUUUUUGACAGAAACGCGCACGUAACUUUCGCUGGAGGAACUGAGGAUUUUUGUAGUUGGUCUGGUAGUGGUUUAAAACCAGUAGAGCCUUUGCAGCAGUGAUGAGGGAGUGACAAGUCAGAGCUGCUCAGUGUGCUGCUGCUGUCCCAGUGGCUGGCGGAGAGGAGCGUGCCUGUGCCCUGCAAUGAGGGAACUGACCCAUUAAGUAAUUACUGCCUCGAUACUGUCCUGCUGCAUGCAAAACUGCCUGCUCCAGAGGACGGGACCCAUGGGGACGCAGCAGGCAGCCGAGCAGUGCGGGUUCCUGCACCUGCACGUGGAAACUCCGAGCAGCUAACGCUGACUGCCCGACCCCCCGAUGGGACUGGACCCGAGCUCCUGCGCUCCAUAUGGGGAUGAAGUUAGCACUGAGCUGAGCCAGGGCUGUGCCAGGGGCUGCGACCUGUGCUCUGAGUUCAACGGGUGCCUGAGAUGUUCCCCCAAGCUCUUCAUCCUUCUGGAGAGGAACGAUAUCCGGCAAAUUGGGAUCUGCCUCCCAUCCUGUCCACUGGGAUACUUCGGCCUUCGCAAUACAGACAUGAACAAGUGCAUCAAAUGCAAAAUCGAGAACUGUGAGUCCUGCUUCAGCCGAAACUUUUGCACAAAAUGUAAGGAAGGUUUGUAUUUGCACAAAGGGAGAUGUUACGUCACAUGCCCUGAAGGCUACUCUGCUGCCAACGGCACCAUGGAGUGCAGCAGUCCUGCACAAUGUGAAAUGAGUGAGUGGGGGCCCUGGGGGCCCUGCUCCAAGAAGAGGAAGCUGUGUGGCUUCAAGAAGGGGAACGAGGACCGAACGCGGCGGAUCCUGCAGGCUCCCUCUGGGGACGUGUCCCUGUGCCCCGCCACCACGGAGGUGCGCAGAUGCACUGUGCAGAAGAGCCAAUGCCCCGAAGGGAAAAGGAAGAAAAAGGAUGAGCAAGGAAAGCAAGAUAAUACAAAUGGGAACAGAAAUCGGAAAGACACCAAAGAUGCAAAGUCUGGCACCAAGAAGAGGAAGAGCAAACAGAGAGGGGCUGUGGCCCCCACCACAUCCGCCAGCCCUGCCCAAUAGCUGCCCCUUUACGUCACCUGAUGGCAAGACUUCAUUGCUGCUAUGUAUAUGAAAGCUUUAUUGAACCAGAGCACUGCUACACAACAUUACACACGUCAGAAAGACAGAGCUAUACUCCUAGACUAGACUCGACAGAAGCCACAUCCACAACACUUAAGGAGGCGGUAACCCCAGCACCAUGGAUGGCAUCCACUGGGGCAGUGGGACACUGCGGGACCAGAGGUGAGGAUGAACCAAGGAUGGGGGCAUGGGGCCACGGGACACUUGCCUCGUGCCCAGCCAGCCACGGGGACUGGAUUUCUGCUCUUCCAGACUGGGGAACUGGAUUCACACAAAGGCAGUGUCCUCUUUCUCUACCCCCCCAACCCUUUAUUUUGUGUUUUAAGCUGUAUGACUUUAUCAUUGAGAAUAAUACAUGUUAAACGUUUGUGGUAAGAGGUCAGUGGUAUCUGCCCUGAAUCUGCUUCAAAGAGUUAUUUCGAAUUAAAAGCAAAGCAAAACCAAACCAAAAAAAAAAAGCAAAAAACAAACAAACAAAAAACAAAACAACCAAGACGACAACCGGCUUCCUGAGUGUGUGGUUCAUGCCUUGGCCCCUAUGGAGGCUGGUGUCCCACAGGACAGAGACUCAUUUGUGGAAGGGAAACUGACAAAAGCUUUAAGAAAAUCCCAGUAAAUGCUGCCGGCUGUGCUGCAGCCAGAGCUCAGUCUGCUGCCCCCACAGGACUGCGCUGCUCCCUGAGGAAGUCGCCAUUCGAGGACCUGGCUUGAGACAAUGAGAGCUAAUGGCAAGCUGCAGGCUGCAAAAUGCUGUGAUUUUGUUUGUAGUCACAGCUCCCAGGCUCUGCUCCUGGCCAGGGACAGGCUUGUCCAUCUGUCCCACCACCACCCAAAUGCACAGCAGGAGGGAAUGAAGGUGGGAGGGGGAAGGCAAAGCUCAGGCUCUGCAAAGUGUUUAAGUUUGGUAGGAGCCACCAGUCUCCAUGUCACCGAUGGGAAGAUCCUGGACUCAGCACAAACACUUCUGCUCUGCAAGAAUUGGCACCAGGCAGAGGAACCAGGAGCAUGGUGCUCGGUGGGGACCUGGCGAGGCUGCAGCAGGCGCACGCUUCUCACUGGGCUUCUCUGCAUGGGGAGCCUUGCCCUUGGCCGUGCCACAACAUGGCACAUUGCUCCAUUUCCCUUCUAUUUUAAAACGUGCUUCCUCAAUAUAAAUAUUGACCUUUCGUUCCUCUAGAGUUCAGCAAAACUCCUUUUGUUCCAAGGGAUGGAGCCAGGCAGGUGCCACGGUCCCCAGCGUUGUGCCAGAGCUCCUGGCUCCCCAGGAAGGGAAAGGGGAAGGGAAAAGCUCACUCCAGAGCUAAACCUGACAAAGCCGAGUCCUGCUGCCCUUGUUUUGCACCACCUCUGCCUCGUGUGGAGGUGGGUGCCUCCCCACCAGGUCCCGGUGUUUUGGCUUAGCUCAGAACGUGGGAGCUGCAUAGUUGUUCCAGCUCCAGGGCUGUACCAAGCUCUCCAUGGCUGCUCCACUGGCAGCAAAACCUUUCAGCCCAUCAUCCACUUUGUGUUUAAGUAAACAAGAAGCCGUUAUAUCUUUUAAAGGGGAUUCCAUUUCAGCACAAUGAUAAACGAGCAGCAUACCAAGCAGAGAGAGAGAGGUUCUUAAAGUCAUCCUUCCAGUUGUUUAUGGAUCUUGUUCAGACGAUUCCUGAAGGCCUCCCAGCUGAAAGAUCAGAUCUCAUUUUGCUCUCCAGCCUCAGCUAGCCUGUGAAAUAGGUAUUUUGUUUGCAACCUGGCACUGCAUGUAAGCAAACUCAUUUUUCCCUUCCGCUUUCCAGCAGCAAUAGUCAGUAACCCUUUCACAAACCUCAGCU